AUGGGUGAUCAGAAGAGCUACAAGACGAGUCUUCUGAAUAAAGCUUCGAUAGCUUAUGACUAUCUUCACACAAACAGUACAACUCACGAGUUCGUCUUUGGUGCUAUUGCUGAAUUAGUGGAUAACUCUUUUGAUGCGGGCUCAAGCUCAUUGUCUAUUGAUUAUGAUCCGCAGAUUCAGGCGCUGUCUUUCCUGGACGAUGGAUGUGGCAUGACGCGAGACGAAGUAAUUUCAGUCGUUUCGUUUGGUCACUCAGUGAAAAAGGCGGACCCAAAUACUGUCGGACAAUAUGGAAAUGGUCUUAAAAGUGGUUCAAUGCGAAUCGGAAAAGAUUUCAUUCUCUUUACAAAGAAGAAGGAGUUGCGCACAUGCCUAUUCCUUUCACGCACGUUUCAUGAAGGCAAUAACUUGAAAGAAGUCUUUGUCCCGACGCCGUCAUUUGUUGAAGGAGAUUCUGCUUACUUAGAAGAUCAAGUAGCUGAUCGAGAACGACAUAGCACAGAAAUGGAUAUCAUCUUCGAGUAUUCCCCGUUUAAGGAUGCGGGAACUUUCUUUGCUCAAUUCGACAGGAUUAAGGGUUCUAACGGCACACUGAUUCUUUGUUACAAUCUACGCCAGUUGGAUCUUUGUAUUCCCGAGCUUGAUUUCACAUCGGACAUCUAUGAUAUUCGGCUUUCCAAGAACGCUGAACAACGAGAAGAAGAACGAAAUUCUUUGAGGGCCUACUUGUCAGUUCUAUAUGCUAAACCAAGAAUGAAGGUUUAUCUUCGUGAUAAGAAGGUUGCCACAACAAAUCUGCUAUACACACUCAGCCAGGCUCGAAUGUACAAGUACAUGGCAACAAAUUUGAAAACUUGUGCUAAGAAAGCCUAUGAACAAUGCGUGAUCGCAACUAAACAACUCGAAGAACGAGUCAACCUUGCGAAGUCGGACCUGAGUGUUUAUUCAAAGGAAAAAUGGGGAAACUUGAACGAUAAAGAAACACGCAUUCGCUUGAACAUGAUUCGCUCACGAGUCGACGAGCUUACUGAAGAAUUAAAACGGUGCAAAGAUCGCGAGCAAGAAGCUGCCAAGGCAAAGAACAACCCGAAGCCGCUUACAUUCUUUUUUGGAUUGAACGUUCAUCACCGAAAUAGAUACGGUCUGAUGGUGUACAAUAAUGGACGGCUUAUUGAUAUGUACAUGAAGCUCAGCAUUCAGCGCGAACGUCACGAUCAACAUAUGAAAUGUCUUGGAGUCAUCGGAAUUGUCGACGUCCCAUGUACUGUUUUGGCACCGACACAUAAUAAACAAGGCUUCGAGAAUAGAACUGAGUACCUGUCGCUUUUGCGUGUUGCCAAUGAGCACAUGGAACAAUAUUGGUUUGAUGUGCAACUAAUUUCAAAUCAAGGAGGUCCAGCUGGAUUCUGGUCGCAAUAUGGAUACAAGUCAACUGCUUGGGAAUCGCCACGGGAUACACUGUUCAAUGUGAUAAAUGGAAUUCCAUCUGAUUGGAUUUGUCAAAAUAAUCCAAAUUCCACAUACCAGAGUUGCUCGAAGUUGGAGGAACUACCAAAGAUUCGUGAAGGUCGUUUAACAAAAGAAACACCAAAAGAGAAGGAAAAGAAAGAAGAGAAGAAGGAGGAAAAAGUUACUCCUGCUCCAACUCCGGCCAAACCAGCUGCAAAAGUUACCCCACUGGGUCGUGAUUCAAUUGCUACAAGUCGUGGUUCUUCUACUAGAGGCUCGUUAUCAACAAAACGACCUUAUGUGAGUGAAAGUGAAGAAGCAAGCAGUGAUGAAGAGAGUGAGGAUGACAAGCCAUUGCGCAGAAAUCUGCCUGCUCGAAACUCAAAGCAACCGAUAUCUACCGUAUCUCCUCGUCGAGCAGCAGCUAAAUCUCCGCCUCGGGCCUCUCUUCGAUCUCCUCCAAAACGCAAUCAUGUUCCACCUACACGUACUCGAGGACGAGCAUCUCGUGCAAAGAGUGAAGAUGAAGAUGAGUCCGAGGAAGAUGAAGAGGAGGAAGAAGAUUAUAGGCCUGUCAAUAAGGUUGCACGAACUGUUGCUUCCGUUCGGGCACAAGAAGCGCGUUCUGUCAACUCUUCAACCUCUGCAUCAAGCCCAUCAGCGACAGACGGAAAACAAGCUACGGAGAUUAAACAAAUGAAAGAGAGGGGCGAUCGUGCUAUUGCCUUUAUUCGCUCAAUCUUUGGUGCCCUUGAAAAGAAUUCGAACGAUUCUACAACCAACAAGAUGCAAGAUGCUCCGGAAAAUAAAUUACUUGCUGUUAAUGCCACUGAAAUAAUACAGCGAGUCAUCGUGGAAAAUGUCGAUAAGGCAAUUGAAUCAAAAGAAGAAACUCAUCGCGUUGAACUACAGAAACAGGCUCUGGACUCUGAGCAACAGUUGAUGAAUGGCAAGAAUCCGGUCACUAGAAAGAUUCGAGCAGCUGCUUUGACUGUCGUUAAUUGGGGUGCUCAGGAGGACCCAGAGUUUGCUGAUAUCACGAUGGACAACGCGCUUCAAAAGUUGAUCACUUUUGCUGAAUCGGUUAGCGACAUCAACGUUGAGACGGCUGGCUUAGAAAAUGGUGAAGAAACGGCA